CUGUUGACCGGCGGCAAUUCAUGGUGGGAUACAUGGGACUACCCCUCCACGCUGCUCGACCAACAUUUUGGAAUGGGUUUGCUGGACUCUGAUUUGCGUCCUCCUCAAUUUUACAGAGGAUAUCUCCUUCGACCCCGAACCCAAAUGAACAUCGAUGCAUCGGGACUGUCUGAAGUGAAAAAUGAAAAAGAUAAAUUUCAAGUGAAGUUGAACGUCAGUCAUUUUAAGCCUGAAGAAAUCAACGUAAAGGCUGUUGACAACUCAAUCGUCAUUCAUGGUAAACACGAGGAGAAAUCUGACGAACAUGGUUUCAUCUCCAGAGAAUUCACUCGUCGGUACAUGCUACCGGAGGGAACCGAACCCGAAACUGUUACAUCAACCCUUACACCCGAUGGGUGUUUAGUCAUCGAAGCUCCAAAGAAAGCAAUUGAGCCUCCACCUUCAAAGGAAAAAGUUAUUCCAAUUGAUGUCCAGAAAUCUGAAGAUAAAUGAACUGAUUCUUCAAAAUACUAAAGGUAAAUAAGACUAUUUAUAAACUGUUUACAUUUAAUUUGCAUUGAAUGAAGUAAAUUGCAUUAUAUUAAUGUAAGUGAUAAAGAAACUUGUUCUGAUUUAAGUCUUGAGCAAAUUAAGUUAUUUGUGAUAAUUUCAUCUGUCAUAAAUUUCAUCUGUUAAC